CGCGGCGGCGACGGGGCGCCGUUAGCAGCGGGAGCGGCGGCGGCAGCGGCGGCGCGGGCAGAAGUUUUCUCCGCAGAGCCCUCCCGCAGCCCGGGGCCGCCUUAGGUAGGCGCGGAGGUCCCCGUGCGCGCUGGUUUUGCUUUCCGAAACUCGCGCUCUGUGGGAGCCCCGCCGCCCCGAAGACCACCCUCCAUCCCCACCGCAGCCGCGCACGACCCCUUCCUCCGAGCCCCGGAACUCGGCGGGCCGCGGGCGGGCGGGUGCUGGCCGGCAGCCCUGCAGGUCCUGUGAAGCACUAGAUGUAAUUUGAAGAAAAUUUGAACGAACAAAUGGCUUUAGCUGGCUGCCCAGACUCCUUUUUACAUCUUCCUUAUCGGAUAGACAAUGUAGAUCAGACUUCAGCUCAUGGUCGGCGGGAUCUGGUGGAACCAGGUUUCCAGGAACCAUCUAAUCGCAUGUCCCUAAAUCACCAAGAUGACGACGUGGACCUAGAAGCUUUGGUAAAUGACAUGAAUUCAUCAUUUGAAAGUUUGUACUCGACGUGCAGUAUGCAGUCAGAAACCACUCCACUCCUUCAGAAUGGCCAGCUUAACCGCAGCCCGCUGCCCACCUCAGGAUCCAGCGCCCUGCAGCCCACGUCUCCCAGGCAGAAAGUGCAGAGGUCUCAGCCUGUGCGCAUUAUGGCAGUCAGGCGUCUACAAGAAGAAGAACAGCAAUUCAGAACAUCGUCAUUGCCAGCCAUACCCAAUCCAUUUCCAGAGCUCUGUAGUCCCGCAAGUUCUCCCGUGCUGGCCCCUGGAUCUUUACCUCAGAGUCAACCUGCUAAUAAGCAUGAUGUAAAAGUCUUUAGUGAAGAUGGAACGAGCAAAGUGGUCGAGAUUCUAGCAGACAUGACAGCCAGGGACCUCUGCCAGCUGCUGGUUUACAAAAGUCAUUGUGUGGAUGAUAACAGCUGGACUCUAGUGGAGCAUCACCCUCACCUAGGAUUAGAGAGAUGCUUGGAAGAUCAUGAGCUCAUAGUUCAAAUUGAGUCCACAAUGGGAAGUGAAAGUAAAUUUUUGUUCAGGAAGAAUUACGCAAAAUAUGAAUUUUUCAAAAAUCCCAUGAAUUUCUUUCCAGAGCAAAUGGUUGCCUGGUGCCAACAAACAAAUGGCAGUAUUCCACAGUCACAACUUUUGCAGAACUUUCUAAACUCCAGUAGCUGUCCUGAAAUACAAGGUUUCUUGCAUGUGAAAGAGUUGGGUAGGAAAUCAUGGAAGAAAUUGUAUGUGUGUUUGAGGAGAUCAGGACUUUAUUGUUCUACAAAAGGAACUUCAAAGGAGCCAAGACAUUUGCAAUUGUUGGCUGACCUAGAAGACAGCAAUAUCUUCUCAUUGAUAGCAGGCAAGAAGUUGUACAAUGCACCUGCAGAGUAUGGAUUUUGUAUAAAGCCCAACAGAGUAAGAAAUGAAACGAAGGAACUGAGGUUGUUGUGUGCUGAAGAUGAGCAAAGUAGGACAUGCUGGAUGACUGCCUUUCGACUCCUCAAGUAUGGAAUGCUGUUGUAUCAGAAUUACAGAAUUCCCCAGCAGAGAAAAGCCAUGCUUCCACACUUUUCCACUCCAGUAAGAAGUGUAUCUGAAAACUCACUAGUAGCAAUGGAUUUUUCGGGGCAAAUAGGAAGAGUUAUUGAAAAUCCUGUUGAAGCACAGAGUGCUGCCAUGGAAGAAGGACAUGCUUGGAGGAAACGUAGCACAAGAAUGAACAUCUUGGGUAGCCAAAGUCCACUCCACCCUUCCACACUGAGUACAGUUAUUCAUAGGACACAGCAUUGGUUUCAUGGCAGAAUCUCCAGAGAAGAAUCUCACAGGAUUAUUAAGCAACAAGGGCUAGUAGAUGGGCUAUUUCUUCUCCGGGACAGCCAAAGCAAUCCAAAGGCAUUUGUACUUACACUUUGCCAUCAUCAAAAAAUAAAGCAUUUUCAAAUCUUGCCGUGUGAGGAUGAUGGACAGAUAUUUUUCAGCCUGGAUGAUGGUAACACCAAAUUCAGUGAUCUAAUCCAGCUUGUUGAAUUCUAUCAACUAAAUAAAGGAGUCUUGCCCUGCAAACUCAAACACCACUGCAUCCGAGUGGCCUUAUGACCUCAAAUUUGACUCUCACUGAAGACUGGAUUUGCUAGAAGAGUAAUUGUAAGAGAACGUUGAUACUGGGGAAUUGGCAGAUUUGUAAGUUGGUAAAAAUAAAUAAAAAUAUUAUGCACCUUGGGACUCUGAAAGGGAUGGAUUCGACAGGUGCCAACAGACCAACAUUACUGGUUUGUCUAACACCUAAGAGUGAUUGCUGCUGAGUGUCCCAGCAUCCCAAAAAUGGGGGGGAGGGUAUGUAAAACCAUUAGUAAAUUUGAAACAAAACUGGAAACUAUCUUGGCUGGGCCACUUAACAGGAACAAGUGUGAAGAGAAAUCUUUGAAAAGAACUCUUGCCCUGGAAUAAUCUUGACAAUUAAGACUAGUGUGUUUACUUUUUGUAUUGAUCACUUUUUUUGCACUCCUUCUUUAUUUUGGAUAUUGUAUGCAGCCUAUAUUAGGAGCUGAUGUGGCUUUUAAAAUUCAUGCAGGAGUUGGGUAUUAAUCUGCACCCUAAAAUGUAUGGAAUGCUUCAGCCUAAACGGAUCUAGAAGAAAAUCAAGAAGUGUGUGUGUUGUGUGUCUGUGUGUGUGUGCGCGUGUGUGCGUCUCAAAACUUCUCUGGAGACCUGAGGUUCCAUGAUCUGCAGAUGUCUUUGAAGAAGCAAUGAGGAUACAAUUCUAAAAGAACAUACCACCAUGCGUGUACUCUCAAAACUGUUGACUUGUAGCAUUAUGGCUGUAGUAUGUUGGUGGCAUAUUAGUGGCACCCAGUCAUGCGAAGACUGUAUUAGAUUCUAUGCACAAACUUUUAUUAUUGAAGUGGUGAUUUGUUUUUUACAGCCUUUUGACUGUUCUCCUGAGGAAACCUACUGUUACUAAAUAGAAUAGGACUGAAUGACAGUUGUGUCUGAAACUACCAUUUUUUUGUGAGAAGAUUCUUCUGCAGGUAGUCUUAGUUUGGGAAAACGAAAACAAACAAAAAAACAACAGUGUUUUUAGCUUUAUAGCUCCUUGAAUUUUUGGACUGUUUCAAAGAGCUGUUUCCAUACUGUAAAGAUACAGUGACACAAAGCUCUCUUGGGGAAUAGGGCAUAGAAGAAGUAUCUCCCUUCUGCUUUUUGAUAUGGCCAUGAAAGUUUGCAUGGUGAGAAAGAACGUACUGAGAAUGGAAACUCAUUUCAUUGGGAUUUGCAAUUGUGAACCAGCUGCUGGCAAUACCAUCCACGGAGCUAACUGGUGAUUCCUGUGUUGUACACACUAAUGCACACCGGUACCUACUGCAGACAAGCAUAUAUCCUGCUCUGGUGCUGGUCUGUCAUCAGAAUUACUUUAUUGUUAAUGCUUAAAUCAAUUAUUUAAUGUUUACACAAUGAUUCUUUCUGAUGAUAAAUCAGUACUAAAAUUAAACGAGUCCCCUUUUACUCCCUUAAUUGCAAAUAGCAUUCUUUGAACAACACAGUCCGUGCAGGAACUGUUACUGAAUUAGCUUUCCAACACUUCAUGCAGUUAUCCGUAGUGUGAAAUAUUUCACCCUGGGAACUUUCAGAACGUAGUGCAGAAUGAAGCAUUCUUGAGACGGUGAACAAUUUAUGCAGACUCGUUCAUCUUUAUUAAUGUUUGCCACUGGGUUUGAAAUCCUAGCCAUCAGAAAGGGUAGACAGAAGGAAGAAAAUUCCACACCUUUAGGUCUUCAUGUAGUGUUGAGAAUAGCUUAAGACAAACCAUAACCUGCCUGAGUCAUCCAUAUCAGCUUAUAACUAUGUCAAUGGUAUAGAAACACUGUAUUUUAGUUUACAGAACACAUUUAGUAUUUUUUUUUCCAUUUAAUGUCUAGAUAUAAAAAUGAAGAAACUUGAUUUUGUUUUUAGUAGAAACCUUUUUUUUUUUUUUUAAUUGUACAUAGUGAAAUGAGUGUUCCUGCUUUCUAGACAAUGUAUUUUAAAACCUUGAAAUUAAGCUAACUUAAGUCUGACUUCACUUUGCAUGCUUCUAUUUGGCCCCUAUUAGGAGAAAAACAAUACUUGUAUUGACUACAUUACCAGUUUAAUAAGACCAUUUAUGCUGUAGUUUUAAGUUUUUCUGUUUACAUAGCUUAGUGACAGCCAUGCAUUUUCCCCAGUAGGCAAAUAGUACUUGCAGUGUUUCAUAUUUAUAAAAAAAGAAAAAAAGAAAAACUUGCAUCUUAUUUAAAUUCAGAAUAAAAGUUUGACUAUGAAUCAUGAUUUUUGUAUGUAGAUGGUUGACUUAGUAUUUUGUACUUUUCCCAGCUAAAGUGAGCUGUUUUGAGAAAGUGACCACCUUCAAAGUGGCAACAAUCUUACUUAAGCAGAUCACUGCUUUGUCUUCUUUCUGCUGGAAAACAGUCGAUACCACCUUAGUUUUCCAACAGAUUCAGCUGGCUGCCAGCUCAGAAUACCAAGGACUGAAGGACAUUUGACUCUUAUUUUUGUAUUUAAAUGACAUGAAUGUAAAGGGGAUGCUCAGGGUUGUUUUGGAGCCUGUUGAAUUUUUAUCUUUUUGCCUGUGAUUUUAUUUUCUAAAUAAAUACUUCAUGUAGCAAUCUUGAAUAUGUUGAGAAGGAAAAUGCCAAACCAUUUUGGUAAUGAGGUUACUAGUUAAGUUAUGUUACGAUAGGUGUUAAAAGUACAAAAAACUUUUUAUUUGUUAAUUAAUCUUGAAGAAACACGUGCCUCAGUUUAGAUGUUUUGUCUUAUCUUUUCUGCACUAAAUACCUGACAGUUUGACCAAUCAAUGCACCUUUCCAGUGGCAAGACUUGCUUAUCGUAAAUUAUAUUGUCACAAUGCAAGAUUUAGUGACUGUAAAAUGGAAUAAAGUUUAAAGUUUCAGGGAAUGCAAAAGGUAUUAACUUAAGAGACAAAACCUUUAUUCAAUAUGCUUUGCUUCAUACUGUAAAUAGCUUUUUGGCUUGUGAACCUAAUUGUAAUCUUUCAGGUAUUUUUGUACAAAUAAGGGACUGAUAUUCUGUUUCUUGUAAUUAGAAAUAAACGUUAAUACAAUGCUAUUCAUUUUAUAUUGGAAUGAAUGUCUUCUCUUGGGUGUGUCUGAGUUCACAGCUUAUCUCGUCUUAAUUCUGGGUUAUUUGGGGUGGGUUAUCAUUAAACAUCUCUUAAGAAGAGUUGAAAGGAAAACAAAGUAAGAUGCCUCUGUUUCCACUCUUCUGUGGAAAUAUCUGUGUUCAGUAUGUCCUGUAUCUAAAGAAGUUGUUCACAACCUUUUGUUUGAAGAAAGUUAUUUCAGUAUGCAUUACAUUUGGAACAGACAAGAGGAUGGCAUAAAAAAAAAAAGGAAUCACAGCAAACAGGUGUUCCUGAGUCUGUCCCAUGGCAGGGCAGUACUAUUAUCUGCAUGUUUGUGCUACCCACCUGCAACUGUGGCACGUGCAAAAUGAUGCCUGCAAAUCUGGCCUGAGGCGUCUUCCUUAGCAGAUACCUGUGCUAUCAGAACACUCCCAAGUACAACAUUAAUCUAGGUCAGAAAUGGGAAUAGGUAAGAGUUGAAAUAAUUGUUGUGCCUGAUAGGAGGUUUGUGCUGGUGUUACAUUAGUUACAGGAAACGGACAGCAUCUGACAUGAUCAGGCAAUGUCUGAACCCACAUGAAACCUUUUAGCAUGAAGUUCACCUUGCAAAAUACUGUAAAUGCAUUUGAACCUCUGAGUAAAUUGAAAUCAGACAAGUAUUUUGCAGCCUUUAAUUGCAGUACUUUCAUCCUGAUGCACACACAGAAGCAUAAAAUUGUGUUUAAAACCAAAUGGCUGCUUCAGCCUUGUACCUGCACAGAAGAACACCACCAGAGGAGCCAUUUCCCACCAAGUAAGAUGAACUAUAGACAACUUCAGACUUAAGUCACUGCUAAUUUAGUUACUCUUUAAUCUGGUUUGUCAGUGACCAGCUUGCACAUUGCUUUGUGACUCAAUCAUUGAUUGUCUGACAUCUUGGAAACUUCACAGCAGUUGGAGAAAAGAGAUAGUCCUUUGAAUAUCCCAAUAAUUUGGGAUUAAUCUCAAUAAUCUCAAAUAUUAUAUUAUCCCUUUCUUCCUUUAAUUAGGUUUUGAAAACCUAAUACAACCACAACUGUUUCCAAGAGCCAUAUGAUUUUCAUUAGAUAUUGUGGGUAGUCACAUCUGAGACCUCAAAAUAAAUCAGUUUGUACAAUACUAAUCUUGCAAACUCACAGCCUGAAGACAUUCUGCUCUAAUUGCUUGUCAUUUCAAACAGAUGAGAGCAGAUGUUUUUACAAGAAAUACUGGCUUAUCACAAGAUGCUAAGCUGUGCCUAGCAGAGUCCUACAACCCUUCUUGGUUGGUCAGGUUGAUUGUUUUGCUUUAAUUGGGUAUUUGCCACAUGCUGGCUGCAGGGUUCAGGUGCCUCAAGUACCUAUCAGGAAGGUGAAAGUAUAAACAAAGCAGGCAGCUCUGAGUCAAGAUGCACCCUGGGUUUAUCGACUCCAGUGCUGAGCCAAGAUGCAGGCAGAAGUAUAACUCUUGAGAAAAGGGGAGCACAGAAGAGCUAAAGAGAGGAGUGGAAGGUGUAACUGACGCAGCAGAAGGCUGUGCUGCCAUUUAGCGAGAUCUGAACAGCCUGGAGAGUGGGGCAGAGAGGAACCUGAUGAAGUUCAAUAAGGGCAAGGGUAGAGUCCUACACCUGGAGAGGAAUAACUGCAUGCAUCAGUACAGGUGAGGGGCUGACCUGCUGGAGAGAAGCUCUGCAGAGAUCGGCCAUGGUGUCCUGGUGAUUAAUAGGUUGGCCGUGAGCCAGCAGUGCGCCCUUGUGGCCAAGAAGGCCAGAGGGAUCCUGAGUUGCCUUCCAAAGAGCGUGGCCAGCAGGUCGAGGGAGGUGAUCCUCCUCCUCUCCCCUGCCCUGGU